AGCAAAGCAUAUCUCUGUAUUUUUAUAGACGUCACGUCAUCACACCGCCGAUCUCUCUAGACGGUCUUGCCUCCUUCCUCCUACCAAAAAAACAAAGUCAAUCUUUCUUUAGCAGAUCAUCAGCCAUCAUCAUGGAUGAAGAGUACGAAGUUAUCGUUCUCGGUACUGGUCUCAAGGAGUGCAUCCUCAGUGGUCUCCUCUCCGUCGAUGGUAUCAAGGUACUUCACAUGGACAGGAAUGACUAUUACGGUGGAGAGUCAACAUCACUCAAUCUCAAUCAGCUGUGGAAGAAGUUUAGAGGAGAAGAUAAGGCUCCUGCUCAUUUAGGCUCUAGCAGAGACUACAAUGUUGACAUGAUGCCCAAGUUUAUGAUGGCGAAUGGCAAGCUUGUUCGCGUCCUCAUUCAUACCGAUGUGACCAAGUACCUGUCUUUUAAGGCUGUUGAUGGGAGCUAUGUCUUCGUCAAAGGCAAGGUUCAAAAGGUGCCAGCAACUCCAAUGGAGGCUCUCAAAUCUCCUCUUAUGGGUAUUUUUGAGAAACGUCGUGCUGGAAAGUUCUUCAGCUAUGUUCAGGAGUAUGAUGAGAAGGAUCCUAAAACACAUGAUGGAGUUGAUUUGAAGAGAGUCACUACCAAGGAGUUGAUUGCGAAAUUCGGUCUUGAUGAAAACACUAUUGACUUUAUUGGUCAUGCUGUGGCACUUCACAGUAAUGAUAGCCAUCUCCAUCAACCUGCUUAUGAUACUGUGAUGAGAAUGAAGCUCUACGCAGAGUCCCUUGCACGUUUCCAAGGAGGUUCACCAUAUAUUUAUCCUCUCUAUGGGUUGGGUGAAUUGCCUCAGGCAUUUGCACGACUUAGUGCUGUCUAUGGUGGGACAUACAUGUUGAAUAAACCUGAGUGCAAGGUAGAGUUCGAUGAGGAAGGUAAGGUUAUGGGUGUUACGUCUGAGGGAGAGACUGCCAAAUGCAAGAAAGUUGUCUGCGAUCCUUCAUACCUGCCCAACAAGGUGAGGAAGAUUGGCAAGGUUGCUAGGGCGAUUGCCAUUAUGAGCCACCCUAUUCCAAACACCAAUGAUUCUCACUCGGUGCAAGUCAUCCUACCUCAAAAGCAAUUGGGUCGCAAAUCAGACAUGUAUGUCUUCUGUUGUUCGUAUUCCCACAACGUUGCUCCCAAGGGGAAAUUCAUAGCAUUUGUGUCAACAGACGCAGAGACUGAUAACCCUCAAACCGAGCUGAAGCCUGGAAUUGACCUUCUUGGUCAAGUUGAUGAGUUGUUCUUUGACAUCUAUGAUAGAUACGAGCCUGUCAACGAACCCACUUUGGACAACUGCUUCAUAUCAACGAGUUAUGAUGCUACAACACAUUUCGAUACAACUGUUGUUGAUGUGUUGAACAUGUAUAAAUUGAUCACGGGAAAGGAACUGGAUCUAAGUGUGGACCUUAACGCAGCUAGUGCUGCAGAGGAAUGAUGGAGAAUAAUGCAAAGCUCUCUUCCUCUCUAGUAAAAAAAACUUGAUGUACUGGUUGUCUUUGUCUCAUCUUAAACGUUCUCACUUGUUCCCCUUCAUGUUGUCUGUUUAAACUCGAAAUCAGAUUGAUCUCAUCAUGUUCCCGGUUAUAACAGUGUCUGUUGCAGUGGCUUAUGUAAGAAGUGCUCUUGUAAUU